UUAUAAAACCAAGCAACUCUAGUCUUAUCGCUCUCCGUUUAUUUGCGCUGCGCUCCUCCGUCUUGAAAAAACCGAGCUUCACUCUCUUUCCCUCACUCCACAAAUCACCUUCUCAAUCUCUCUCUCUCUUUUUAUAUUUUACUAUAUGUUUUUUGUUUUCUUUUAGUUUCUGUCUGAACAAUAGUAAUACCUCCAAGUGCUUGUAUCCAAAUUAAUCUUUGUACAAAUUAGGGUUAGGGUUUUUAUUUUCUUUAGUUCGAUUGUUGUAUUCUUUUAGAUUUGAUGAUGGUUAACGUGUAACGAAAAGAUUGAUUUAAGGGUAGGAAUUGGGGUUAGGGUUUCGAUUUUAUUUUUGCACGGUAAUGGAAAUGGAGAGUACGCGUAGAUCCUUCGAUAGAUCAAGAGAACCAGGCUUAAAGAAACCUCGAUUAGCUGAAGAGCAAGCAAACCAUAAGGGCCGCCCGUUCACGCAGAGACCGGCAGCUGCACCUGCUGCAAGAUAUAGGCCUGGAGUUGAUAGAGAUUUAGAGAGUAAUGAUUCGAAUCGCAGCAGUGCAUACCAGCCACAGCCAGUGCCACAGCCACAGCAAUACCAGGAGCUAGUGAGUCAGUAUAAGACUGCUUUGGCGGAGCUGACUUUCAAUUCAAAGCCAAUAAUCACUAACUUGACUAUAAUUGCGGGUGAGAAUCUCCACGCCGCCAAAGCUGUUGCUGCGACAAUCUGUGCCAAUAUUCUUGAGGUUCCCAGUGAGCAAAAGCUUCCAUCUCUUUAUCUUUUAGACAGCAUUGUGAAGAAUAUUGGGAGGGAUUACAUAAAAUACUUUGCUGCCAGACUGCCUGAGGUAUUCUGUAAGGCAUAUAGGCAGGUUGAUUCCUCUGUACAUUCAAGUAUGCGGCAUCUUUUUGGAACUUGGAAAGGAGUUUUCCCUCCUCAGCCACUUCAGAUGAUUGAGAAGGAACUUGGCCUUGCUCCUGCAGUGAAUGGUUCAUCUGCAGGUGCUGCAGCGUCUAGGUCUGAGUCUCAGUCUCAACGGCCACCAAAUAGCAUCCAUGUCAAUCCCAAGUACUUGGAAAGGCAGCGCAUUCAGCAGUCUAGUAGGGCAAAAGGAGUGUCUAAUGUCCUGACUGUUCCAGUAGCCAACUCAAUUGAGGAUGUGGAGGGCCCAGACAGAGCUGUCAGUAUUGAUACUCGACGCCCAUGGGUGGAUCCUCCUGUUAAAACACAGACUCUUCAACGCUCACAUAGAGAAGCAUUAAAUGAGCCUGUUCACGAGAAGAAAAAAAUUGGUGCCAUAUAUGAGGACUUUGAAUAUGGUUCUGAUGUUUCAAGGAAGUCUGGCUUGGGAAUUGGAAGAGCAAGUGGAAGGGUUGCUGAGCAAGGGCAAGGGCAGGAGAACCCAUGUUAUGGAACUAGCAGCAAUGCGGCAGAGCUAAUAUCUGGGCAAAGAAACGGUUUUAAUAUGAAGCACGGAUUUCCAAAUUACCCAGCAUCCAAGUCUUCUAUGGUUGAUUUACAUCUACAGCCAACACAGAGAAUUGGAAGAAGUGAGACUGGGAUAUCUGCUAACUGGAAAAACUCUGAGGAAGAGGAGUACAUUUGGGACAUGCACUCUAGAUUAUCAGAUCACAAUGCAGCCGGUCUUUCCAAUAACUCAAGGAAAGAUCAUUGGAUUCCUGAUGAUUCGGACAAAAUGGAUCUUGAAAGACUUGAUGGAGAAACUUCUUCAGACUCGUUGUCUACCGAGCAGAAAGAGCAUGCUACCAUUGGGUCCCGUUUAUCCUCACCAUGGAAAUUGCCAGAGUCCCACUCAACAGAUGGAUUGAUCCUUUCUGGAACUUCUACUACUAACACAGGUCACGUAGAGGGCUAUUCAGCCACUGUUGGUGGUGUGGCUACAAGUUCAAGGUCUUCAUUGGGCAGGAUGGCUGUUCGACCACGCUUGGGUUCAUCUCAUAUUGGAAAGGCAGGCUUAGCGUCUUCCACAAACACAUCCUUGUUGUCCACUGAAACCUUAGGGCAACAAAAGUUUCAGUCUCAAGGUGCUGCAUCACCAUCUGGACAGUCACCCAUACGCCAACGACCAUCCUCGCCCGCAUUUCAAGCAUGCUAUCCGCAAUUGCAGAAUUCAGGAGAGCAAGACUACCAUCAAUCCCAGUCAAUGACCCAGCCUGAUUAUAGGGCUCAAUUUUCAGGAAAUUUGCUGCCUUCAAAUGUUCAGCUUGGUAGCUUGCCAAAAUUGCACUCUGAAGAUUUACAGGCUCCUUCAUUGCCCUCUUUUCAACUAAGCCACCAGCAUCGUCUUUCACAGCGACGACAACCAGAUUCCAAAGAGUCUGAAGCUUUUGGUCAGAUCCAGAGGCCACACCUGCCCCCAGUCUCAAAUUUUGGAACUUCAUCAACUUCUGUAAGUUCUGCAGCAGACCAUUUAAAUCCAUUUACUGCAGGAACUUCAGGACAAUCUAGCACAAGUAGUUUGCUGGCUGCUGUUAUGAAGACUGGAAUUCUCUCCAAAAUAAAUUCUGGUGUCGUACCUGAUCGAAACUUUCAGGAUAUUGGGAAAAUGCCAUCACAGUCAAUUAUUCAGCCUCCUCUUCCAAGUGGGCCUCCCCCUCAGUUUUCGUUUUCAGAAGCCAGGAUUGAAUCUGCAUCUUCAGCUCCUGCUCAGUCACAAGAUAAGUUGCCAACAGUGUCGAAUAUUUCUCAGAGGAAAGACGAGCGGCCACCACCUCCACUUGGUUCUCCACCUUCAUCAGAACAAACUACUGAUGCUGUUAAUAAAGCCCCAAAUCCAAUUUCAAACCUUUUGAGCUCGUUAGUUGCAAAGGGUUUGAUAUCUACAUCAAAGUCGGAGACAUCAUCUCCUUUGCCAACCCAGGUACCUAGUCAACUACAAAAGAAGAACCCAAGCAUCACUUCACCUAGCUCUGAACCAAUUUCCUCUGCCACUCUGCAUUCAUCCACAGUAGGUGAAGCAUCUAUCCCAGAACCUGAUACCAAAUGUUCUGUUGCACUGUCUCAAACCACCAAAGUGGAAAUAGAUGAUCUCAUAGGAUUGGAGUUUAAGCCAGAAGUAAUCCGAGAACUGCAUCCACCUGUGAUCAGUUCACUCUUUGAGGACCUUCCUCAUCGAUGCAGCUUAUGUGGCCUUCAACUUAAACUUAAAGAACGUCUUCAUAGACACUUGGAGUGGCAUAACCAGAGGAAGCCAGAAUCGGAUGGUAUAAAUGGGCCAACUAGGGGAUGGUAUGCUGAUUUAGGGCACUGGCUUACUGUAAAUGACGGACUUCCAUUGGGAGUUGAGUCUUCUUGUCCAAUGGAUGAUUUUGAAGAGACAACGGAAUGUGAUGAUAAAACGGUUCUUGCUCAUGAAGAUCAUUGUGUUUGUGUUUUGUGUGGUAAGCUUUUUGAAGAUUAUUAUUGUGAAGAAAGGAAUAAAUGGAUGUUCAAAGGAGCAGUUCGUAUGACGUUACCAUCCGGAGAUGGUCAGAUGGGAACCGCAAAGGAGAGUGCUAAAGGUCCCACCGUGCAUGUGAAUUGUAUAUCUGAAAGUUCACUUUGUGACUUGGUACUAGCAAGCGGCAUUAAAAUGGAAAAGGAUGUGUAUGCCUCAACCUGAAUCGGAACACCCUGCAGAUUGCUCCUAUAGAGGGCAAUUAGGAAGUCCAGGUUUACAAUACAUCAGUUUUGUGAUUGGGCAUGUCAUUCUAAUUUUGUUUCGCACCAAAAUGGUGCUGAGAGUUGUCUUGUACCUUUUGUGCUUCUGUAUUUUUUUUUUAGUGUUAAUUUAUAGUCCAAUAGAAAUACCUAAAUCAGUAUUCUUCGCCAAUUUGGUUUGUGUGUUCUUUAUAUGUUUUCUUUUUGAAAUUGCCAAGGCUGGUAUGAACUUCCACCACCAUCCAAUGCCCGUAACGCAAUCGCAAGUAACUGUGACCAAUCCCCGUUCAGCUUCGCAUUUAUCCGUCAUUGUAUCAUUAGAUUGGAAAUAAUGAAGUAGCUUGUAACUCUUUUAUCUUUUCA